AUGUUCCGCGCUGAGCGCCCGCCACCAGAGCCCGAGUAUGAGGCCGACUUGGAGAAGCUGGGGUUCCGUCUUAAUGAGAAGUACCAAUUCGUCGAAACUGGUGCUGUCUUCGACUACUACCAUACCGACAACGAUCGGGCCAAUGAGCUUCGCAAGGAGGCGUUCCACACUGCCGCCCGUGCCAAAAUCGCCGAGGUCUUGAGCGAGCGACAUGGCAUCCAGGAGCUAUAUCUCACUGGUGGCACAUACCACCAUGAGCGCCCACAGGAGCCUCACGUGAGCAUUCUUUGCACAAAGGUAAGCGAGUUAAAGAAGAAACACGACAUUGUCGUGGUCAUCGGCGAGGCGAAGGAGGAUCCGGGUAUUUGGGGUUGGCGCGUUGCUGGAAAGGAGGGCGGAAUUGAGUCGGGCAGUGUGGUUGGACUUGCAGCACGGCUGCAGUCGUUUGGUCAGUGCAUGAGGGACGAUGAUUUUGAGGACGAACGCGAGGAGCCGGAGGUACGCGCGAACCAAGUUGGCGAAGACUGUGAGAGGGACCCCACGCCAGGCCUUAUCGUCUUGAAUCCAGGUCAGCUCGUCUAUUCUCACGACAUGAACAAGAACAUGACGCUCACAUCUUGGUCGAAUCGCCGUCGUGCACACGCUCUCAGCGACCCAUACGCCAUCGACAAAGUACACAACCGCGUCAAGAGCCAUCAAGAUCCAGAGACACAUCUUCACACUUGCUUCGAACACGUCCUACAGCAGAUUAUGCCUGACGGCGCCCGCCUCUACUGCAUCAUGAUCGGAGACGGAUCAACCCACGGUCUCCACGUCCUCGACCAAAUCCUUUUGAAUAAGAAUCCUACAGAGAUCCGAGGUGGGAAGCUCGAGGCCGUGGUCCUCAUUGAACCACAGCAUGACGCCGGCGAGGUCACCGACAGGCCAGACAGCCCUCUAGGCCUCUUCUGCGGCCAUUUCAAGGAGUUCUUGGCACGACAAGGUUGCUCUUGGGUCACCUCUGACACUGUCCCGAAGGGUGAGCGCGUCGCAAUUCCAGUCGUCGGAGAGCAGCAGGUGGAGGAGCUUGCGGAGAACUUGGAGAAGACUGCUAUUGAAGACAGCCACGACAGUGCCCAGGAGGACUCCGAGAGCGACGGCGGCGUUCCUGUCUCUGACUCCACGCCAUCUGCAUGGACCCUGCCACCGACGCCAACUCCCGUGGCUCCGACCAGCAACGACAAUCACGAGUGGCUCACGGAAGAGCAGCCUGGCGAGCGCCCAACAGAGAAGCUGCUGGUGUCUUGUCCCACCUUCUCGGCCGGCCCCAACAGCACUGCUGCCCUGGAGGUCGUCUUCCCAGCAGUCCAAGAUGAAGUCUAUGACUUCAUCUUCUACCAGAUUCUCGGCGCUCGCGCCAAGCCACAGCCGCGACUCUGA